GUUGCGUUCUAAAAGCGCAAGUUUUGGUUUUGAGAGGAAGAGACCCGGCUUCUCAAGCGAAGCCAAUUCCUUCGCCUCCUUCGUCGCCGUCUCUACCCCAAGGCUUCAACCAGUUGAUCAUGGCCUCCUCCGACACCAACAUCGCCUUCCCCGAGCGUGCCUUUGCCGCCGCAAGUGCCGCAGUCCUCUCCGCCAUCCUCACUAACCCUCUCGAUGUCGCCAAGACCAGAUUGCAAGCGCAGGCCGCCGGAGUUCCGUAUCAUCAUUCGCAGCAAUAUCAUCAGAUUGGGAAGCAUUUAUCAUCUCCUGAUCUCAAGAAGUACAAUGGAACUCUGGAUGUAUUCUUCAAAGUCGUUAGAGAGGAAGGGUUUGCUAGAUUGUGGAGGGGCACAAAUGCAAGCUUAGCAUUAGCUGUACCAACUGUGGGUAUAUAUUUACCAUGUUAUGACGUUUUCCGCAACUGGGUUGAGGAAUUCACUGAUAGGAAUUAUCCUAACCUGACACCUUAUGCUCCCCUAGUGGCAGGCUCAGUUGCACGUUCUUUAGCGUGCAUAGCUUGUUCUCCAAUUGAGUUGGCUAGGACACGUAUGCAGGCAUUUAAAGAGGUUCGAACGGGCAGAAAGCUCCCGGGGAUUUCAAUUACCUUGCUUGGUGUCCUCUCACCGUUGAGGAGUAAAAAUAAAGUACUUAACUGGAAAGAGUAUCGUGUUCUUUGGACUGGUGUGGGAGCCCAACUUGCUCGUGAUGUCCCCUUCUCUGCUAUUUGCUGGUCGACUCUUGAACCGAUUAGAAGAAGACUAUUGAGACUUGUCGUCGAUGAAGAAAGCAAUGCAGUAACCAUUCUUGGUUCAAACUUUUCUGCUGGCUUUGUUGCUGGUACCCUUGCUGCUGCUGUCACAUGCCCUCUUGAUGUUGCCAAAACCCGAAGACAAAUAGAGAAAGAUCCCGAAAAAGCUCUGAACACAACCACAAGGCAAACAAUUGUCAAGGUUUGGAGGAGUGAAGGAUUGAAGGGACUUUUCACCGGUUUAGGUCCGCGUGUUGCACGUGCAGGCCCUUCGGUUGGUAUAGUUGUCUCCUUCUAUGAAGUUGUCAAGUAUGUUUUACAUCAGAGGCAAGAAGAUUUAUGAUAGCAUUAUUCUGCUGCAUUUUACAC